UGAAAGAAUUAAGAGGGAUUUGAGCCUAUUGAUGCAGAGAAAUCGGAAUGUCCGGAAUUGGGGCCUUUCUUGUAAAGGAAAAGAAGAGGUGAUUGAGGCACCCAUGUGGUGUCGGUCGAGAAUUCUUCAACAGUAAAGAUUUUUUUUUUUUUUUUUUUUUUUUUCAUUGGUAAAAAAUUCACACACCCAUUUGUCCCCAUAUAAACUCACAUUCAUCAUUUCCUUUGAAAGAUAGAGGAAAUUAAUAGUGUGACAUACUUUCUCGUCAGUUUAAUAAUUUGUAUUAAGAUCUGUUGUAAACAUUUGAAAGUAUGUGUGCGAUAAUUUACUUAACAAAAAAAGAAAAAAAGAAGAAAGAAAAAAGGAAAACAAAAAAAAAAAGGAUUGGCAUCCCAUCCGUGUUGGAUUUCAAGUAGCAAAAGAUGCAAUUUGGGUCAAAAAUUGAGGAAAUCAAAAUGCUAAUUUGUGGGUGGUGUUCAGAAAUGUUAAAAGUAUUGGGCUAUCAAUUCAAAUAUGCUGAAAAUACAGGAGCCCAAUGAGAAUUCCAAUACAUUUUUUUUUUUUUUUUUUUUUUUUUAAUUUUUAACAACACAAUUCCAAUACAAUUUUUUUUUUUUUUUUUUUUUUUUUUUUUUUUUUUUUUUUUUUUACAACAAUUCCAAUACAUUCCAGUGAGUGAGAUUUUGAUUACUACUAUUAUUAUGACAGUAUAUUUAUUUAUUAAAUCCAAACUAUUCCAGUGAGUCAAACCAACGAUUCGAUUCAUGGUCCUCGUGAGGUUUACCACUAAAAACCCUAAUUUAUGAUAAUUUUGGUUUGGCGCGACUUCGAGCUUUGAAUUGGUUGAUCAAUGGCGAUUCUUCCUAUCCUCCAAUUCGAAGAACAAAUUUUAGAAACAGUGGAACGAAACCCAGUCGCAGUAAUCAUCGGCGAGACUGGGUCAGGAAAGAGCACUCAACUCUCUCAGAUGCUUCACAAACGUGGUUACACCAAAUCUGGACUGAUCGCCGUCACUCAACCUCGACGAGUCGCUGCUGUCUCUGUCUCUAGAUGGCUCCCACAAGCAUCCAUUGACCAUGAUUGGGACAAGCAGCCAUUGAGCAUGAUUGGGAUGAAGACAAAGCUUUUACAUUUAUGGUUGGCGCAGUCUAUUGAAACAUCGUAUGCAUGACAAUAAUGGGAGAAUUUCUGACCGUCGCCAUGGGGGGGCGGGAUUAACGUACCUAUCA